AUGUUAUCGUUGACACAUUCACACAGAGGAACAGUAACUGUACCAAGUGCGGCAACAACUACAACGAUCGCAGCAACAUUAUCAUCAACUUUAUCAGCGAUAUCCACACCUACAGAAACUAUAACUACAACUUCAUCAAUUUUAUCUUCGAUAUCAGCAACAACUACAACUACAACAACAAUCGCAGCAACAUUAUUGUUAACUUCUUCAGAGACAUCCACACCUACAGAAACUAUAACUCUAACUACAACAACCACAACUACAACAACCACAACUACAACAACCACAACUACAAAAACUACAACUACCACUACAACAACAACAACAAAAACUACUACCACUACUACAACUACAAAAACUACUACCACAACUACAACUUCAUCUACGUCAGCAACAACUACAACAACCACAGCUGGUGAGUAA